AUUCAACAAACAAAUACACGAUGGGUAUUCAGAAAACUAUUAUAUUAUUUGCUCUCGUUGCUUGCAUAAGCAGCUUCCCAUACGAAUCGAAGCAAGUGGACAACGAGCAAGUUUUAAUCGAAAAGAAAGUUAUUGAAAAUGAGACAGAGGCCUCAAUUGUAGCUGAGGAAGACGUGCAUAAGAUUCACAACGAUAAAGAUGUUUCCGAAGUUAAAGAAGAUGGAUCGGUGGAGACAAAGUUUGCGGUGACGGAAAUGACUAUUCAGAAAAUCGAUGAAAUCGCAGUAAACGUUGUUUCUGAUGUUAAUCAGAUCGAUGUUCAAGUUGAAGAACACACUACAGAACAAGCUGUUGCGGUCCAAAAAUUUGAUCAAGAGAAUAUUCAGAAGAUGAAUACUGUUGAAGAUAAAGUUGAUCAUAAAUCAUCCGAAUCUGAGUGUUCAGAUGAUUCCAGCGAAGAGCAUCACUUUCAUCAUCACAAACAUGAUCACUAUUAGUCCAAUUAUUCCUUAUUUUUUGUUGAGUUAUUCUUUUUUAGAGAUAAUUAUUUUGUA